GAGAGCUGUGUAUCGUGGUGACGUCACAAUGCCCGGCUCGAUUGUUGUGCCGCCUUUGAUCAGCUGAGCCGCGUCGGGCGCAGAGAGAGAGAGAGCCAAGCGCCGGGUCUGGGAGAAGCAGCCAUGAAGUUCCAGUACAAGGAGGACCACCCGUUCGAGUACCGGAAAAAAGAAGGGGAGAAGAUCCGAAAGAAAUACCCCGACCGAGUCCAGGUGAUAGUGGAGAAGGCCCCCAAAGCAAGAGUACCUGACCUGGAUAAGAGGAAGUACCUUGUCCCUUCUGAUCUCACAGUUGGCCAGUUCUACUUCUUGAUCCGAAAGCGAAUCCACCUGAGGCCCGAGGACGCCCUCUUCUUCUUUGUUAACAACACCAUCCCUCCCACCAGUGCUACGAUGGGGCAGCUGUAUGAGGAUAACCACGAGGAAGAUUAUUUUCUGUACGUGGCUUACAGUGACGAAAGCGUCUAUGGAGAAUGAGCUGUCACAUUGCGGGCCUCAGAAACACGAUGGACUGAAAGGGCUGCCAUUGGAGGGAUUUUUGUGCGGGGCGGACGCGAGGAGGAAGAACUGGACAAUGAACCACAUACGUCAUGCAUCAUUUUGCCACACCUUUGUUAUUAUUACUAUUGUUUAAACACUGGUGGAAAGAUUGGGGCCUUUUUUGUUGGCUAUCUAACGAAUCGGGGGGGGGGACACCCAGCUUUGUGAUGGAGAGCCCCCUUUUCCAGCCCUGCCCUCCCCUCCCCUCCCCUCCCUUGGGCUCAUUGGCUCUUCCUCGAACGCCCAGUAAAUGGAGGAAGAGGGCUUGCCCUAGUAGGGCCCAGGCUGUCCUCUGGAGCCAAGCUGCCAUAGGGAAUCUGGGGUAUACUAAGCAAACUUGAAACACCCCGGCCAAGGGGCACCUCCUUCGCCCUUUGUAAUUUGUCCUUCACCCUCUCUUGCUUGCUCCCUCCUUGCCCACUGCAUGAAGAAGGUGGGACGACGUCCUUUCCUGUCUCCCUUAUUUGCGCUUUGUGCCCGGCUGCCCUGAGGUCCAGUCUGUGUAACGCUCACAGCUGAAAACAGAACAGGGAAUCCCUGUUCCGUGUGGGUGGUGGUUUGUGUGGAGGAGCUUGGUUUCGGACUGGUCGCGCCGUGAGGAGAACUCCUUCUCUCCCAGGGUCUUGCUGACGAAUUGGGUUUUGGAUGUCCUGGGCAAUAACACCUUCUGUCAAAGGGCACAGUGAUAUGCUGUUAUGUGUGGCCUCGUUGUGUGUAGAAGAUUGUUCCUGUAGGGCACUGUCUGAGGACCUGAAACCAGUGUCAUUUUCUGAGGUUUGAAAGAACUUCAGGGGGCAGGAAGGCAGGGCAGGCAGGAGGCAUCUUCCUUUUCCUCCUUCAGUUGUGGCUGCUUUUAUGCCCAGGGCCAAACCUACAAAUGUCCAUACCCUUUUCAUUACUCUCCUUUUUACCUCACACAGCCCACUUAAGAAGAGUAUUAUCCCGCGUCUCUUAUUCCCCUCCCGUUUGUUGUGUUGCUUCACAUCCAUCGGCUUAUGAAAUUUAGGCAGUUUUCUGCUGAGGCCAAAAUACGAUUACUGUAACCCGAUUUCCCAGUAUUAUAUUGCUCGAGGGUUAUUUAUAAGAGGUACUGGGAAGGAUGUGUGGCAUGUGUUAACUCAGCGCACUGGGGGACGAACGGUGACCUCCGUGUGGGCUUAGGGAAUUGGCAGGUGAGUUUCUGCUUCGGUCUGACGCCCUUUCUUCUUUUGGGGUGCCAUUUCAAUCACCAUCGCUUUAGGGGAAGCCACGGCCUGGCCAGAGCAGGCUUUCCUUCAGCAGUAUCAGAGGAGGGUGUGAAGGGAGACGGUGGAACUGCAUUUCCACACUUCCAGAGCCACGGGGCUUGAGGACGGGAAGAGGCACUGUGCCGCUCCUGAGUGACAGUCAUGUGCCACACGAACGCAAAGGGCAAAAAAAGUUGGCUCCUGCGCUAUGUUUUGCCUCAUGAGUUUAUUGUUGCUUUCCGGGGCCCUUCUGUUUGGGGUACGACAUUCCUCCCACUCCUCCGGAGCUGGCAAGGCCAGGGCUUUCCAUUUAGGUCCAAGGACACACAUGAUGUUGUUUUCACCUGGCUAUUCUCUCUCACUUCGGGGGCAGUGGCGGCAGUGGAUGCUGGAACCAGAUCUUGAGCUGGGUUUGUCUUCUCCCACCCGCCGCCAGACAACUGACCAAGUAUUACGUUCACUUUUAUUUCUAACUGGACUGUGGCAUUUGCUUUUCAUUUUUUGCUCUAGUCUGACUUUCGUGGAAGGCUGUGUUGAUUAUUCUUUCUGUGUCAUUAAUUCCAGCCGGCUUCUGGUUCUUGUAAGAUAAAAGUCCAUGUUGCAUUGGCUUAAUCAAUAAACACUUACUUGACAAACAAAG